AGACCCCCAGCAGAGGAUGUUAUAUAGGAUGACUGAACGUUUCUGAGCUCUCCUGGUCCUCAGAGAUCUGUGCUUUUAUUGGAUUAACGUUGGUUAAUCCGUGUGCACCGUAUGGAGUCUCCGGGACCUGCAUGCAGGACGGUUCUGAAUGUUUUCAUGGCAGACUCUCCGGUUACCGGGUGUCUGUGGGGUUAAGCUGCACCCAUGAGCCAGUGUGGGCCAGUCAGACGGGCGUAAGGAGUUUAUAAUAUUACCUUCACCAUAUGGAGCGUCUCACAGCUCUGCGGGUGUCCAGAAGAUCAUGACAGAGGAGCACGCAACAGGCGGCACAUGCCUGUCCCAAUCAGACCGCAGAAUGACUGUAGGAGCAGAGGGCGGGGCUUAUGUCACAAAGGAGGCGUGGCCUGCACAACCACGCCCUUUAUCGCAUGACCAGGUCACAUUAGUAGUUGACAGGACUCAUUUUGUGGUGGAUCCUGCAGUAUUCACAACUUACCCGGAUACCGUGCUUGGGAGUCAUCUACAGCACCAAACUCUACCGCUUCUUCAAGUUCAUCGAAAACAGAGACGUCGCGAAAGCUCUGCUGAAGGAGCGAGGCCUAAAAAACAUUCGCAUCGGGAUCGAGGGAUACCCCACACCUGUAAGGAGAAGGUGAAGCGGCGUCCAGGUGGCAAGUCCGAGGUCAUCUACAGCUACGUCCAGCGUCCCUUCAUCCAGCUGUCCUGGGAGAAAGAGGAAGGGAAGAACAGACAUGUGGACUUCCAGUGUGUCCGCAGCAGGAGCGUCCCGAGCCUCAUCACCGCCAUGGGGGCGGGGCCUACGCGGGACGGGGCCACGCCCACUCCGCAGGUCGACGAGUUAGAUCGGCUGAACGGCCCCGCCCCUCCCAGUCUCGACCAAUGACUGAUGGAUUAAACUGUUGGAUUUGGAACGCUGGACAAUCAUUCAACUCAUUCAUAAUCAUGAGGAUAUAAUUAUUCGCUCAUUAAUAUUCAGCCACUCAUUUCAUAUUCAUAUACACAUUUGACUCAUUUAAUCCGGGCCACUGGUUCAGUCUAGAUGGAUAGUUCAGAUAGAUGACCUUUGAACUUAAAAGUACUUGAGAUCUUUUCACCGUUGUGUCCUUGAGCAAGAUUUUGCCAUUACUGCACUGCACCUAGCUUUGGAUAAACAAUAUUUGCUUAAUCAAUAACUUAAUUAAUCACUUUUUAAGGGCUUUAGAUUAUUAAAGAUAUCAUGCAUUACUUUAGAAAUCAUUUUAGUGAGGAUUUUCUGUCUGUUGGCGCCAUCUAGUGUCAAGGAGCAAGGAGAUGAUGUGUAGAAGAUAGAGUAAAAUAGUGUAAAUAUCACUU